AUGAAGAUAUUUAGAAAAGGAUUUUAUUGGUUUAGUAUAAUAAAUUUUUUAUUAUUUAAUCCAUUUAACUGUUCCUCAGAGAUAGAUGAAUUAUUUUUCAAGUAUGAAGCAAGAAGAGAUUAUGUUGAUGAGGAAGUUGAUGAUAACACAAUAAGUGAAAUAACCAAAUUUUGGUUACCAAUAAUUAUAAUUGAAUUAGUUCUUCUUUUCUCUCUUAUUAUUGUUGGACUUGAAUAUAUUACUUACUAUAUAUCUGGAGAUAUGAGUGACGACAAAAAACUAUUACGUCGUCAAAAAUAA